AUGGGUCGCGACGCCGCAGCUCGCCGCCGUGACGCCCAGGGCCGGCGCCACCACCCUUACCGCACCUCGGAGUCCGGCGUUGACCGGACGCCCCCUCACGUGGCACGCUUGGGAGGAGACCAUGGCGUGUGGGACGUUCUCCCAGUCCCACGCGACGUGGCUCCUGCGGCGGCGGUGGCGGAGGCUGGCGGCGACGCGGACGCCAAGGUGUCGUGCCUGCCGCUCGCGAGGGAGGUCGGCUGCCGGGCGGCUGCGCCCGGCGAGGGGCGCAACUUCGUCGUCUCGCCGCCGUCCUUCCUCGCGGCGCUCGCGCUGGUGGCCGCCGGCGCGCGGGGCGAGACGCAGCGCGAGGUCCUGGACUUCCUGGGGUCGUCGUCGCUCGACGAGCUCCACGGCGCGCCGGCGGCGCGGCUGGUCGCGAGGCUCCGCCGCAUCCCGCAGACGUCCUUCGCCUGCGGCGUCUGGGUGGACCGCGGAUGGGCGCUGACGCCGGAGUUCACGGACGCCGCCGCGUCGCGCUACGCCGCCGUCGCCGAGCUCGCCGACUUCGUCUCCCAGCCCGAGCAGGCGCGGCAGCGAGUCAACGCCUUCGUGUCCGACGCGACGAGGGAGCUCAUCCGCGAGGUCCUCCCUCCCGGCUCCGUCGACUCCACCACGGUGGUCGUCCUCGCCAACGCGGUCUAUUUCAAGGGGACGUGGUCGCUGCCGUUCGACCCGUCGGCGACCUUCCACGCGCCGUUCCACCUCCUCGACGGCACCGCCGUGCGUGCGCCGUUCAUGACGACGAGGAUCCCGUUCGACCGGCACGUCGCCGCCUUCCCCGGCUUCACGGCGCUCAAGCUCCCGUACAAGAACGACGGCGGCGACGGCGUGCCCCAAGCCGCGUUCUACAUGCUCCUGCUCCUCCCCGAUAGCAGCGGCGCCCUCAAGCUCACCGAUCUCUACGACAUGGCCGUGACCACGCCGGAGUUCAUCAAGAAGCACACGCCGACGGCGAAGGUUCCGGUAGGGCGCUUCAUGGUCCCCACGUUCAAGUUCUCGUUCAGGUUCGAGGCAUCGCCGGACAUGAUGAAGCUGGGCGUGACCAGAGCCUUCGUCGACGGCGACUUCUCCGGCAUGGUGACCAGUGGGAAGGGGCUCUACAUCAGCGGGGUGUACCACGAGGCCACCAUCGAGGUGGACGAGCUCGGCACCGUGGCUGCCGCAUCCACCGCCGUGGUCAUCAGCCAGCAAGCGAGCGCACGGCCGCCGAUGGACUUCGUCGCCGACCGGCCGUUCUUGUUUGCCGUCGUCGAGGAGAUCACUGGCGCCGUGCUGUUUCUUGGGCAUGUGAUGAACCCUCUUGCUGUGUGAAUGAAUCCCAGAUUCCCAGUGAAUCAAAGUAGAAAGAACAUACAAGUUGGAAUUUGGGAACUGACAAGGUGAUAAAUCGAAACGAGUUGUAAUUCUGCAUUUGAAUUGAAUAACUCAAAUUUAUAAGUAAUUCAUGAAACAUUUGUGCAAUAAUCAUGUGAUCUAGACAAUUCAAAA